AUGCGUACUCAACAACUUCUCGCUCUCAGUGGCCUUCUGCUCGCCAGCAAUGUCGCUAUCGCAUCUAAGCUCGACCACGAUGAUGUUCCCAACCGGUGUUGGGAAGCCUGUGGAUCGGUGGUGAACACCGCUCAGCGCUGUGACCACCAGCAUGAUAAUGACGACUCGGCUGAGAUCCAGUGCAUUUGUGAUUGGGAUGUUGCAAAGACCCAAGUACCUCUCUGCGCAGCUUGUAUCGACAAGUAUGAUCGUGACUACGAUACCGACGACGACAACGAUGACGAUGACAAUGACGAUGAUAAUGAGGCUCUCGAGAUCGUCCGCUCGUGCAACUUCAGCACAACCACCUACAACGCUUCUGCGGCCACCAGUACUGGUUCAACCACUACAACUGGAUCGGGAGCUGCUGCUACCACCACCGGUGCUUCUUCUACCAGCGGUAGUACUGGCUCCGGCAUCAGUACCAGUGACGACAGCGGCAGUGGAAGUGCAGGUGCAAGUGCAACUAGCCCUGAUACGAGCAGCAGCAGCAGUGAACCAACUCAAGAUUCGGCUUCUGCCACUCCGACCAAUGCCGCUGCAGGCAUGAAUGCCCCUGGUGCUAUCUCUAUGGUUGCUCUCGCUGGUCUGAUGCCCUUGGCUUGGCUUUAA